GAAAGAGGUUUUCCCACCUCCCAGCCCCUCCCAAGGAAUAAGUGACACUAGAUCUUGCCUCUAACAGGAGGCGGUCAGCCUCAGGGUCAGAGUGGCAAUGCGGAUGCCCAGCAGCUCUCAGCCCUAAAGCCAAGGGGGGCUGUUGCUAUGGGAAUCGAGAGGGCACUUACAGACAGCGUCUGGAGCCUGUGUCUUUCCCUGUCCGAGGCAGCUGGAUUUGAAGGGAAGCAAAACUAAAAGGAGGUGGCAGAGAGAGACAGAGACACAGCAAAAUGCUUGCACGUUAGAGGAGGGACCUUCCCAGAAUGAGAGUGCAGUGGGAUACAGAAGCGCGGGGACACCAAACUGUCAGGCAGCGGUGGCUCGGCUCGGUACAAUAAACCUUAUUUUCUGCUCUGCUUGACGCCGGGAAAAAAGGUCCAGUGAAAGCCCAGCUGUAGCAAGAUGGGAUCUGCCUCUUCAACUUACCGGUCCAAGUGCAUUUAUUUGGAUAUCGACGGAAGAAUUCAAAAGGUGCUCUUUAGUAAAUACUGCAACUCCAAAGAUAUUAUGGACCUCUUCUGCAUUGCAACAGGGCUACCAAGGAACACAACCAUCUCCCUUUUGACAGCAGACAACUGUAUGGUAUCCAUUGAUCCGACAAUGCCUGCAAACUCGGAGAGGUCUCCAUACAAAGUGAUACCUGUUGCCACUGGGCAGCUCUCAGAGAAAGAAGAACUGUUCCAGAAUUUACUGGGACAGAUUGCUGAACAGUUCUCCAGGGUUUUUAAAAUCAACGAGCUGAAAACGGAAGUAGCUAACCACUUGGCCAUGCUGGAGAAAAAGGUUGAAUUGGAAGGCCUGAAAGUGGUGGAGAUUGAGAAAUGCAAGAGCGACAUUAAAAAGAUGAGGGAGGAAAUGGCAGCAAGAAACAGCAGGACUAACUGUCCCUGCAAGUACAGCUUUUUGGAUGAAAACAAGAGGCCAACUCCCUGGCGGGAUGUACCAUCCUAUCCAAAGUACAUGCUGUCCCAGGAGACCAUAGAAGCACUUCGGAAACCAACCUUUGACGUCUGGCUGUGGGAGCCCAAUGAGAUGCUGAGUUGUUUGGAACAUAUGUACCACGACCUUGGGUUGGUAAAAGACUUCAACAUCAAUCCCAUCACGUUAAAGAGGUGGUUGCUGUGCAUUCAUGACAAUUACAGGAACAACCCCUUUCAUAAUUUCCGACACUGCUUCUGCGUGACCCAGAUGAUGUACAGCAUGAUCUCACUCUGCAGCCUCCAGGAGAAAUUUUCCCAAAUUGACAUCUUGAUUCUCAUGACUGCAGCAGUAUGCCAUGACUUGGACCAUCCAGGCUACAACAAUACCUAUCAGAUCAACGCACGAACGGAGCUUGCGGUACGCUACAAUGACAUCUCCCCACUGGAGAACCACCACUGUGCUGUAGCUUUUCAGAUCAUUUCCCAGCCAGAGUACAACAUUUUCUCCAACGUCAACCAGGACCAAUUCAAACAGAUAAGACAGGGGAUAAUUACAUUAAUCCUGGCUACAGACAUGGCGAGACAUGCAGAAAUACUGGACUCUUUCAAGGAAAAAAUGGAAAAUUUUGAUUACUCCAAUGAAGAACACAUGACCUGUCUGAAGAUGGUACUGAUAAAAUGCUGUGAUAUCUCCAAUGAAGUCCGCCCAAUGGAAGUAGCAGAGCCCUGGGUAGAUUGCUUACUAGAGGAAUAUUUUAUGCAGAGUGACCGAGAAAAAUCUGAAGGGCUUCCAGUGGCACCAUUCAUGGACCGUGAUAAAGUGACCAAGCCAACAGCACAGAUUGGCUUCCUGAAGUUUGUUCUGAUCCCCAUGUUUGAAACAGUAACAAAGCUGUUCCCAGAAGUGGAGGAGGUGAUGCUCCAGCCCCUUUGGGAAUCCAGGGAUCGCUAUGAGGAGUUAAAACAGAUCGAUGAUGCUAUGAAAGAGUUGCAGCAAAAGAAAAGUGAAAGUUUGACCAGCAGCAGCACUGAAAAGUGAGACUAAAAAAGUCAUUGAGAAAACAUAAGCCCUAAGGUUAUUCUGGUUUAGAGAAAUGCUGCAUUUGCCAAACAGAUGUGGUGGCUACAACAAAAUCCAGCUGGGACCAUAUAUGUGGAGAGGUGGCAUGCAAGGAUGCCCUGCCU